AGUUGAGUUUACAUUCAGGGCACGGAGUGAAAACACGCACUAGUACACACUCCAAACAGCCAAACACACACACAUUACAAGGGAGCGGGAUAAUGGCGUCUGUGAGUGUGGUGGGGCAGCACCCGAGUCCGCACAGGCUGGACUCGGAACCGCUGCUCUACAGACUGGCCGGCGGCGGCGGCGGGAAGAAAAUCACCCUGCUGAGGAAGUCGUCUUGGGAGAAGAUGUUCAAGAGGAGUUCGGUUAGCGGCGGGGACUGCGGGUCGGUCACCACGGAGGGGGAGGCAGGAAUUCACCCCUUGUCUCCGGGACCAGCGGGAGAAGCGGCGACAAGAGGAGGAGUGAUGCCCGGAGAAGGAUGCGGAGCUCCUGCCGCCCCUGCUGCGCCACGUAGCCCGGACAGAGAGGAGGGCAGCACGGACUGCGACAGACGCUCCGCAGGCUCAGAAAGUGAACCCGGGCUCAGUGACUGCAACAGCAACAUCGACUGUGACUCAAACCGGAACACAGGUGGUCGCAAGGGGACUUCGCACAAGAGGUCGGGCACCAAUGUCAUGCACAGCGGAGCGGUGGCAAAUGGACACAAAGGAGCGCACCGGCACCGAGACGCGCCGCAUGGGAGACGGAGCUCCCGGAGCGGAGACAGCGGACAACAAAACAUCUCCUCCUCCUCCUCCUCCUCCUCGGUGCCAGCACAAGGAGACAGCGGUGGUCUCCAGCUGGAGCGGCUCACACAGGGCAGGACUGGAGUCGUCAAGCUGGCCCGCACUGACCCUCCCCGCAGGGAGGCCUGGUCCAUCUUUCCCCGGGGGCUGGACCCUCGGGUGAGGACCGAGAGGGGAGAGGGGCACCGGUUUGAGUCCAGUCCUUGCACGCGGGACUGGUGCGAUUCCUGCAGCCGCCAGAUCACUGCACAGACGCUCAAGUGUCAAAACUGUAGCUACACCUGUCACCUGGAGUGCCAGAGCCAGGUCCAGCUGGACUGCAACCAGAAGGACAGACAGCCCCAAGAAACUCCAUCUCCCAGAAGACGCUGCUCCUCCGCAGCACCUCAGCGCAGGCAGAAAGAAGCAAAAGAAGAAGAAGAGAAAAGAACAAAGGACCUGUCAGAUGAAGAGGUGCGGACAAGGAUAGAAGAGUAUAACGCUCAAAUCUCUGAAAUUGGCAUGAAUCUGGCUUCAGACGGAUCCUACACAGGCUUCAUUAAGGUCCACCUGAGGCUCAGUCGACCAGUGACAGUCCCCGCCGUGAAGGCGUCGUGCACAGAUGGAGCUUCGAGGCAGGCUGGCGGCCACCCUCAAACACUUUCAGAGUGCCAGGAAGGGACGGACUGUGGGCAGAGCGAAAAGAGAACAUCCUUCUAUCUACCACGCGACUGUGUGAAGCAAAUCCACAUCAGCUCUCUGACCACCACCAGAGAGGUCAUCCAGGGCUUGCUGCAGAAGUUCAUGGUGUUGGACAAUCCCCGCAAGUUUGCAUUGUACAGGCAGACGCACCGCGACGGACAGGAUCUGUUCCAGAAGCUUCCUCUGUGUGAGCAUCCACUUCUUCUGAGGUUGAUAGCAGGGCCUGACCCAGAGCAGCUCAGCUUUGUCCUCAAGGAAAAUGAGACCGGAGAGGUGGAGUGGCACGCAUUCUCUGUCCCUGAGCUACAAAACUUUCUGGUAAUCCUGGAGAAAGAGGAGGCGGAGCGCGUGCGGGCAGUGGAGCAAAAAUACGCCGUAUACCGACGGAAACUACAACAAGCCCUCCAACAACAUGACCCUUGACCCGUUCACCUGUUACCUUAUGACCUCAACCCAGGGAGAGACUGACCCUUUGAACGUUGACCCCCCGGCCCCCUUCAACAAGCGCGAUCUAUUCAGAGACUGGAGCCGGAGCUGAACUUGUCUCCACCCUCCACAUGUACACCCAAACAUACAGGUCAUUAACAUACAGACGCAUACCCUUUCUCAGGACGCAUACAAGCCCCCCUACCACCCACACAUCCACUCUCUGAGGAGAGAAUCUGAGAGAUGUGAAAAGCUACAGGGUGUGUGGUCUGUAAGCUGAUUGGAUAAGCAGUUUCCAUAUGCCAAGGACACACACAGAAAGAUCACAGUGACACAAGAUCUGAAACUCCGACUUGAGAUCUCAUUUGGGACUGAUAUGAAUCAUUAGUGUUUUUAAAGAUUCCCUCUUCUUCUGCUACUGCUGCUGCUGCUGCUACUGCAAGUGUUACUUAUGCAUGAGUCUCUCUCAGCUCAUCCCCCUGCACAUAGAGUUUAGAAGUACAACAGAAGGCAUGAUUACUUUUUGAUGGGAGGACAAUCAUACCGAGUGUUCCUUUUCUCUUAAACUAAUGUAUGGGGUUAUCACCAGAUGUGUUAUUUUUGUGCCAGAAUAUAAGAUGUGUGGAUUUGAGAGGGAGGUUUUUGGGGUCGGGGCUGGAGGUAGAAAGCUGCGUUUUGCUUUGGAUGCUGGAACAAGACCGAAUGGAAAGAUAAGAAAGCGAGAUCCAUUCUCUGAUUCUUCUCAGGGAGCAUGCGUCAGGCAAAGAGAACACUUAAAGAAGGAGACAAACCGCAAUCUACCCCUCAACACCCCAUUUUAGCCCACUUUGCCCAAAAUCUAAUCCUAUUUUAAAUUUGUUUCCAUUAUUUUAUUUUCACGUUAACCUUAAAACAAUAAGAUGCUGUCAGGUGCUUCACCGACAGGAAGAUCUUAAAGUGUAACUUCAGUAUUUUUCGACCUGGAUACUAUUUUCCGAUUUGUGUGUGUGUGUGUGUGUGUGUGAGUGACUAAUGGAGACAACAUAUUAUGGAAAUGAUCCAGUAUUGAGUGAGAGCGCUGCAGCUAGCAGCAGCUUAACAGGCUGUAAUAUAACCACUUCGGGCAUUUGUGCACCAUCACUUUAUGUCCAUUUAAAGUGUUUGUUUUUGCCACCGACAGGCUCCAAUUAUUAUAAAUGUCUGACAACCUAUUGAAGCUUCUUUACAGAGAUAGACGUUUUUGUUGAAGUGUAAUAUCAGUUUUGUUUAACCAGAAACAGCCCCGAAAUUACUAUCACCAAACCCAGCAGACUCCAUUUAAAUAAACAGUCAUUUAAGCACAGGCAGUGUAUUUUUACAUCUAAUUGGGUUGAUUAUGGGAUUAUUUAACCAAAACAGAGCUGGUGGUUGUUGGACAAGUGAAAAGCCAAACAAGACUGCUUUUUUGAGUUUUAUCUUGUUUCUGUCAACUUUAAAUGGAUUUGGAUUUGUUUUAAGAUGAUCAAAUUACUGUUUAUUCAUAUGGAGUCUGGUGGUUUAAUACAGAUUUCAGGGCGCUGUCCGGUAAAAUAAAAGGAUCUUACCUUUUAAUAAAAAGGUUGAACUUCUUUCCAUAAUGUUGUCAGACACAUAAAAAAAACAAUCUGAGACUGUCGGUGCAAAAAUAAGCAAUUAAAAAAUAAAUAAAUAAAUGUAUGGAGCACAGCCCUUUAAUGUUAAGUUGCAACCUGUUUUUCCACUGCUGGCUGCAGCACUCUGUUGUUCCCACUAGUCACACAGACACAAAAACAUGGGAAACAAACUUUUAGGUUGAAAUUACAGAGGCAACCCUCCAACUGAUUUCAUUUUCCCUCCCUAAAUCCAGAUCCAAUUAACCUUGCAUGAAAUGCUGAGCGAGGCAAUCCACAUACCUUUACAGAUUUGACACUUUAUUGUAAAAGUGGUUUUGACACUGUUAUUAUAUGGGUUGCAUUUGAAUGUGAUGGGAUUUUCACACCAAAGCUUAGAGGGACAGAUCAAUUGAGAGGAUUUUAAAGGGAUGAGACAUUUGGAAGUUUAUCUGAUUAAAGGUGGUGUAUGUAAAAAAAAAAAAAAUCAAAUCAAAUUAUACCAGCUUCUGUUUUUGCACAUAAAAAUGCAGGUCACUGAAGGGCCCACAUUUCCAGGACUGGGCAUGCAUUUCUGCUUCUUGUUUCUUUUUAUUAUCUCCCCACCUUCCACCUAAAAAAAAAAAAGAAACAAAAACAUAUAUAGAGUUCAUGAUAAUGGCUAUGAUGUACCAAUGAUGUGUUUGCAAUGCAUAUGUAUUAUGUAGACACUGGAAAAAGAGUGACAAGGUUUAACUUUGUUGUUAUUACAAUGAAUAUUAAUAUUCUUUUGGUAUCAUUCCUACUGGUAGGUGUGUGUGUGUGUGUGUGUGUGUGUGUGUGUGUGUGUGUGUGUGUGUGUGUGUGUGCGCGUGUGCUCAUCUAGGGCAGGGAGGAUAAUGUGAAUUGUGUUUUACAAUGAGUGUGAGUCAUCAACGCUCCUUUAUUGGGCCUCAUUCAUCAAAAUUUAUAGCAAGCAUUGAGUGUGCAUGUAAUAAAACACAUUACGACUGCAAAUUAAGUUGUUUUGGGAAAUACAUUUGACAUGCAUGUAUCAUAAAAUGAAUGCAUUUAACCAAAAAUUUACUAUCAACAUUUCCUACACAUGCUUAUUUUUUCAUCCUUUAUUUAAUGCAACAGAAAUACUGAUGAAUGAGGCCCGUCGUCCAUAAGCACAUGCUUCUCAGUAAACCCAAAUCUGUCCUUUUUUUUAAAAUUUUUUUUUUAACGCCACCACCCAAAGCCCAAGCUGUUCCUGCUGGCAGUGCCUUUUGUUUUAUGUGCCCCUGUGGAUCUAUGUCAGGUGUGUCUCAGCACACAGGUGCCUGCGUGGAUGUGUGGGUGCUUUUGCAUGUGUGCAAAUCUGUGUUUCUUGGGUGGUGUUGUACAUGUAUUUUUUCUUUUUUUUCCCCUACCCAUAACACAUUUGUCUUUCCAACAAACCCUCUGUGUGGGUGUGUGUGUGUGUGUGUGUGUGUGUGUGUGUGUGUGUGUGUGUGUGUGCGUGUUAUUUAUUUCAUGGUCCACCUCAUCCGUAUGAUGUAAUCUCAAGGAUGUUGAGACUUGAUGCUUUUUUUGGCAAUUUAUUUUGUUUAAUUUGAAGAACUGUGUAUAAAUAUAGCAGUAGAGCUGUACAGAAUAUCACAAUGAAAUAAAAAGGACAUCCCUUUGUUGAAA